AUGUGGACAGUGAAAUCGACCAGCAUGAAGUGGUUUAUUAUAUUCGUUUUUAUAUUAGCUACUGCUGUUAAAUGUUCUGCUUCUGACAUAAAAGAGAAAAAGCAAAUAAAGCAAGAAGCGGCAAGAUUUACUAAAUGUAAUGAAAAAUAUGUGUCAGAUUGUUACGCCAUUACAAGACGGGUCAAAAGAGGAGAACCGUAUAGAACCAAUUGUUCAACAAUAUCUAAGCACGCAUGGGGUAAUAACGUGACGAUGAGAGGCGAAAUACUUAUUGAUGGACUAGCAAUCGAGAUAGUAAGAGGAGAAAUAUGCGACCUGUUGAAAAUUGAUUGGGUGUAUAAUUUCACGAUGACUUAUUCUAACGUUCGUCAUUGUCCCUAUAAAGCGGGAUAUUAUGCAUUUUUCAACAUAGAACUUCCACCACGGAAUAUGCCUCAGAAUAUUCUGAAGUUAAUAAAAGGACAAUUUACGACAAAUGUAUAUUUCUUACUUACAAAAACUGGUGAGACUAUCAUAGAAAUGACCGUGACAUUACGGACUUAG